CUCUUUCUGUCUUUUCACGCCCGUGUCGGUCGCGUCCACAUCGUUUGUCCUUUGGCUUCCUAACGCCGUCUUGUGUCGGAUUAAGUCACAAAAUCGCCUUUUAUCGCCUGAAAAAAUCGGAUUAUUUCCCGCCUGAACACGCUCUCAGGUCUCCUCGCUGCACACCUCCACUCCUGAACAGACGUUUGUGCCAUGCAGGAGGCGUAACCCUCCUUCGCCUUCUUUCUCGUGUUCCAAAACACCUGACCUGUAACCAGCCAAGAUGUCCGACCCCGACACGUCUUCGCCUGCAGAACCCCCACUGCCUCUCCCGUCUCCUCGCGUCCCCCUGCAGCUGUCCUUCCCCUUCCUCAGGGAGGGGAGUCGGGUUUGGGAGAGGGAGAGGAAACCGCCGCAGCCUGGAGAGCCACCCAGCCCGCUGCCCACCAAACGCACCCGAACAUACUCAGCGACAGUGCGAGCCAAAUCAGGUCCCGUCUUUAAAGGGAUGUGCAAGAACUUCUCCAGGUCUCAGGGUCACGGCUUCAUACGUCCAUCACACGGAGGAGAGGACAUCUUUGUCCACAUCUCUGACAUUGAAGGAGAGUAUGUUCCCAUGGAAGGAGACGAGGUGACGUACAAAGUGUGUCCCAUCCCUCCUAAGAACCAGAAGAUCCAGGCAGUGGAGGUGGUGAUCACCCACCUGAAUCCAGGCACCAAGCACGAGACCUGGUCGGGGCAGGUCAUCAGCUCUUAGACCAGAAGCUGCAGCCCUGCAAAGGUCUCGGAUUGUAGCAGAAUUUUGUUUUAAAUUUUUCGGUUUCACACGUCAGGGUUAUGAAGGUGGAUCAGAUUCGGUGAAGGUUCGGCCUGAGGAGUGUUGGAAUUACAUCAGGGGUAGAACUUUUUGUUUUUUUGUUUGUGUUUAGAAAGAAGCAUAGAAAGCUGUGGAAUGUAACAGUCUGAAUGUUUUAGUUUUGGGGUCGUGUGGGGUUAGACGUUAAAAUUUGAAACCUUGGUUUCAGGGCUCGGUGCUAACAUUUUUACUAUGAGUUAGGAAACACAUUUUAUUUGGAAUUACAGCAGGUGUAAAGUUAAACGUUGACUCUAUAGAAAGACAAGAUCUGGUUCUUUGAAAUUCUAAAUUUACUUAAAAGUUUUGUAUCUGAGUACAUUUUUUUCUACAUUCCACUACGAAAACCUAAGGCAUGCUACCACUGCCAAAAUUAGUGAUGAAAAUCAGUGUAAGAAUGUACUCUUUAGCCAUAUUGUGUCAGUGUUUACAACAACGGGAGAUAAUGUCAACCAGUCAAACAAAAGGUUUGUUAUCAAAAGUCUGAACUGUGCUUCUCUGGAGCUUCAUUUAAAGGGACCAGUGUCCUUCAAAAGACAGAAACAGAC